CAAAAAUGUCAUUUUCCCUCACAGAUCGUCGAAAAAUCCAACUUCUGAGGCGUACGAUCCAAGCAAUCACAACCUCAGUAGAGACCUUCAUGCUGCAACUUUACCCGAACAAGAUACGGUUCUACGCGAACACAGUGUCCACAACUUCGACUGCUGACCUGACGGAGGACUUUUUCACCACGUUCAAAGCUCUAGAGCCUCAGGCAUCCUCCUCGUUCACCCAGCUGAAGCUCUACAGGAACGAAUUCCUCCAGUGCUUCACUCUUCAUGAUGAUAAGGAGGUGGAAUUCAUCAUUAAAGUUAACGAGAAUGGGGAAUCUGGCUGCAUGCAGAUCCUCAAGACUCGUGAUGGCUUCCAAGUUGACACCCAACUCUUAUUCGAAGUUGUCCAACUCACCGAGAAGGAAGAGGAAGUUUAUGAAAUGGAGUACAGCUUUGAACCAAAUAUGUUGCUUGUCAACUGCCCAGUCCGUAAAUUCAGGAACAUUAAAGGUGUUUUUAAGAGCAAGUCCAAAACUGAAGUGCUCAAAAUGGGCUUCAUACGUGAUGAACUCCGGCUUACUGGAGAGCAGAAUUCUAAGUCAAGUUUACAAAUCUCCACUGGUGGCUUUGACAACUACCUGAAUUAUGCAGACCUCAAUGGGGAGAUAGUUCGGAGUGAUAACUUUGAGCUACAAGUCCCACUGAGAUAUAUUGGAUUGCCCCUGAAAAUUUCAGAGAUGAUGGAAAGCCAAUUCCAAAUGGCAAUGGAGAAAGACGAUGAAAAUACCUGCUGUGUUUUUAUCAUCAGUGAGGAUCUUAAAGGCAACUACUGCUUCUCGAUUGAGUCUAAAAAUAUUCCUUUCACACAAGUAGAGCCUAGCACUUUAAAGCAUGAACGAAAGUUGGAAAAGAUAAGCCAGAAAGGCUCAUCUCAAGAGGAGGAUGAAGAGGAGAAAGAUGUAGAAAUGAUCAAAAAGACUCAAAAAUCAUCUAAAUCUCAUGCCUCUCAGUCACCUGAGAGAUCUAAUGGAUCAGACUCUGAUGUUCCAAUGGAUAAGGACUCUCAGGAUUCCAACAAAAGUUCUGCAGGAUCAGAUACUAUUGAUGCAAAGUCAGCCAAGGCCAGCAAAUCUAGCAAGUCCAAGGGGGACAAGAAGUUUUAUGAUUCCCUCAAAGACGAGGAUAUGUUCUAA